CUUGGUAGUAAUGAAUGAUUGCCAGACCUGCAGUAUUGCGCGUUCAGUACUGGCGCGGUUCAGGAUAGAGCUUGGGUUUAACUUGCUCGUCGAGUAAAGCGAAGACAGGCGCUCAUUGAAGGUGAGGGCCGGGAACAAGCUGUAACUUGAAUCUCCGACUUUAGUGUGAUUAUCACUCUUACGCCUCAAUGGCUGGCCCGCCCGUGUUUCUUUCUUCUCUUUUGAACCGGUACAAUCCAUCUAUCGAACAGUCAACACCCUUUGUCACCCUGACUUUUGCACAAUCUCUUGAUGCGAAAAUUGCAGGCAAAGGUGGAAAACAGCUCAUCUUGAGCGGAAAAGAGAGCAUGGUGAUGACACACUGGAUGCGAACAAUGCAUGACGGGAUACUAAUCGGUAUUGGUACAGCGUUGAACGACGACCCACAAUUGAACACCCGACAUCUUCCUCCCAAAGAUCCUGAUCCCUCUGUAAAUGACCACAAUAACUCAUACAACCUUCCUCGUCCAAUGAUCCUCGAUACGAAGUUACGCUUGAAUCCCCAUUGCAAGUUGUUGAAGAAUUAUGCCGCAGGCGCAGGACGGAGACCCUGGCUUAUUUGUGCUGAACCCUCACAAACCAGCGAAAGGACAGAAUGGUUGACUCGUAGGAAUACAUUGGAGAAAGCAGGAGCAAGAAUGGUUGUUCUAGAAACUGGUCAUGACACCGAAGGCUAUCUCCCUAUAUCGCUUGUUUUACAAACCGUGUAUAAACUUGGGAUACGCUCUGUCAUGGUCGAAGGUGGUGCCCAAGUCAUUCGAUCAUUCUUCUCACAGCAGAAUGAUACACUUCCGACGCGUUCGCUCGUCGAUACAGCAAUUAUCACUAUUGCGCCAAUCUUUGUGGGUGAAGAUGGUGUAUCUUAUAAUGUUGAAACAGGCCCGUUUACUACCUUCAAGUACGCAUCCACGGAAAUAUUUGGCCAGGAUUCAGUAGUUGGGCUAAUCGCUGCUUAACUUAUAAAGUACCUGCACGGUUCUGCCCAUAAUUUUGAUCGUUUGUAGGGCAAACGUUGAUCUGACAUACGUGCUACGUUGAUUUCGGCAUUUUGCCUCAUAUACAACGAUAAUCGCUUC